AUGGGCUCAUCAGCACCGGUUCUGAUCGCAGGGGCAGGGCCCACGGGUCUAUUUCUGGCGUUGCGCCUUGCACGGGCAGGCAUUCGGACGGUCGUCUUCGAACAAGAGGCCGAACUUGUUCCAGUACCCCGUGCAUUGGGAUACUUUGGGCCGACACAGUUCGCGCUCCAGCAUGCGGGAAUCUGGGAGGAAGUUCGAGACCAAGGGUAUCUGCUCUGGGGCCUGUCAUGGAGGAAGAUCACGCAGGAGACAUCUCCAGGACACCGAGACUGGGGUCAACUGAUCGCGUCGUGGGACCUGACCGAAGGAGUGGCCGCGAAGGAGGGCGAAUGUGGCUACGGCAUGACCAUCCUCGGACAGCAUCGGUUGAGGGAGAUCAUCUUGUCCAACCUAACUGCCACGGGGCUUACCCAGAUACAUUUCGGACACAAAGUCAUUGCCGUGAGUCAAGAGGAGGACCAGUCGGCGGGUUGUAUGGAUGUGACGGUCCUCGACCAGCAAGGACUCCAGCACACGUUCCGGGGAUCGUAUCUGGUGGCUGCUGAUGGGGGAAAGUCCACAGUACGUAAACUGCUCGCAUUACCCCUCGAAGGCAUCACUUGGCCUCAGGUCCUGGUGGCGACGGACACAUGGAUCGACAUCCCCUUCCCCAGUGACGGUCCUCCGUUCGUGUACAUCGUUGAUCCGGUCGACUGGGCCCUAUUUAGCCCCAUCCAAAGACCGUGUGAGAAUGGACCCAGCUUCUACCGCAUCACCGUGCCCAUGGCUCGUGAGCAGUGUGAAUCGGGCGUUCUCGAGGCGAAUCUCAAACAGAAAUUCGAGAGGCUGCUUCCGGGCCUGCGACCGGCCAAGUACGAGAUCGUCCGGUCGCAGAGGUACGAGACCCAUCAGCGAAUUGUGCCCUCCAUGAUCUCCGGGAGAUGCAUGUUAAUCGGCGACGCGGCGCAUCUGAAUAAUCCUUGGGGAGGACUGGGUCUCAGCACGGGUCUGCUUGACGCAGACUCGCUGGCCGACGCUUUGACGUACGUCCUCGGACAAGGUAUAUCAGACUCGAUCCUUCGACGCUGGGCCGAUGCGCGGAGGGAUGUUUUCUUGAAGCUGGUCAACCCCAUCUCGUCGGCGAACAAGCUUCGCUGUCACGACACAGAUCCGGACGACCCGGACUCGGAUCCUUUCUUCCAGAUGCUCAGAAAAAAGGAUAAUCAGCAGGAGCUGCAGUAUGUGAUGUCGUCGCUGGCGGACAUGGCCACGAAUGUGUCGCAAUUCGUAGAGCCCCAACCUCAGCCGCAGGAAAAUCUGCCUAACGGGAGCUAG